GAUCUACCUAAGCUCUAUGACCGCGUGCCCUCGCUACCAUGUUCCAAUUCUCCUCUCUCGUAACCAACCCCUUCGCAUCCAAACCCAAACCACCCCAAGGCCCCCCUUCACCGCCCACGAUGCCUGAGAACACUACCACCAGCGCCACACCAACCCCAUUCCCUUUCCUGCGCCUCCCCCUAGAGCUCCGCGAACAAAUUUACUCCAUCUACUUCACUCCCUCCGACCACCUUGUCCGCAGCGAAGAACUAGAAGCCAAAGGAUUCUACGGCGGCGUCUACCAAUGGGACUUCAACCUCUGGCUCGCAAACAAACAAAUCUACGCCGAAGCAAAGAAAGUAUGGAGAAGAGAGAACGUCUUCGUCAAGAUAGCUACUCCAUGGCCGAGCGCGGGUAUGUAUCGCGUUUAUCUAAUGGCUACAGACGGUGUGCGAGAGCAAUUGGAACUUACCGGUCGCCGCGGACGCCUGAACCACAUUUCCUCCGAGGGUCUUGUGCCAAUUGUCUGCACGGAUGCGCGCGCCGACGCGUUUAACAAUUUCCAUGCUGUUGUGCAGAUUACCGCGCCGUUCCAUGGCGAGGUUCCAGAACACAUGGUUGUUAUGCUGGUGGAUGACUUGCAUUUAUUUACCAAGACUUGGUAUUACAGUGCGUUGUCUUAUCCUAUGCUUAAUGAUCGGUUGUCCACUACAUUUGUCCUGAAGGACCCGUAUGCCGAGACUGGCGAAGAGGUAGACAUAGAGGAAGGACAGCAAAAACCCAACAUCCCCCUCCCUCUCCAACGCAAACUCCUCCUCCCAUUCGAGCACGUAAAAGGCCUCAACAGCACCCACAUCCACGGCUACUCGCCCGUCGUCCGCGACGAACUUGCCCGCCUCCAAGCCAUCCCCAUCCCCACACUGCGCGAAUCCGUCGAAAACGCUACAGACCACAUGCUAGCUGGCGACGUCCUCCUCGCUUCCGCCACCCCCUCUCCCACCAACACCCUCGCUACCGACGAAAAACACGCCGCCGCCCAACAAGCCCUCGACCUCUACAACAAAGCUUUCCACUCCAUCCACAUCCUCAUCUCAGGCCGCACCCGCCGCGUCCUCGCUGACGACUUCUUCCACGAAGCCAUAACCAGUGGUCGUUACGCAGGGCAAACCGGCAUAACCAUCCGCGUAGUCCUGCGCCUCAAACUCGUCUCCCGCACCAUCGCCGCAUACAACGCCCUCGGCCAAUACGCCGAAGCCGCCUUUUGGGGUUUCCGCAGCAUAAAAAUCUUGCAGGAAUCUCUGAACCCUGAUUUCGAACACUUCCUCACAGAGUUCCUCGAGGGCAGCGAUGUAGGCUGGAUAUAUGUGAGGGCUGGAUUGGCGUUUUGGCAGAUGGAGAGGGAUAGGGAGGCUUGGAUGGGGGAGUGGAUUGGAUAUGCGGAGGAGCCGUUGGCAGGGAGUGAGAGGCUGUGGCAGGAGGCGAGGCGGUAUGUUAAGAGUGCCGCGAGGGAGGGGGUCAGGAAGGAGUUGGAGGGGUAUGGGGUACCGAGCGUUUAUUUGAUGUUUGGCGAUUUCAAAAGUAGGGAGGAGGCGAAGAGUAUGGUUGCGGAUGAUGGGAGUAGUACGAGUGAGGAGUGAGUGAUGUGUGGUGUGGUGUUUGGAGGAGAGAACAGUUCCUCAUGAACUGAGACUCCUGUUCCAGCUUCCUUGUUAGUAAACUGA